UUAAAUUACUAGUUUUGUUCGUACGCUGUAAGCCCUAAACCCUAACGCCUCCCGCCGCCGGCCGGCCGCCGCGACGAUUUUGGCCUAAUCAUUCCUGCUCCAGCAACCAUGUCAGCCAAAUGGCGUGCGAUACAGCACCGCCACCGCUAUACUUACAGCGCCGUCGUGUUCCCGCCGGAGUUUAUUCUGGCACUCAAUCAAGCGCCUCAUGCCUCUCCUUUCUUUGAUGAAUUGAAGCGCCUAAUCUCACUCAGCUCCACUUAUGCGCAGCUAGAACACGCCAAGAAAGUUGCCGCAGAGUUUUCGAAGUUACUCUCCGACCCGACCUCUGAUGAGAAAUUGAUUUCUAGCGCUGUCAGAUUUUAUUUAGAAAUCCUUCUUCUAGAAAACUCGUUACCUUUGCAUAGGACUCUAGCGUCGGUCUUGGCAAAGUGCAAGAACUUUCGGAGUUUAAUUGAGCAAUGUUUCCGGCAGCUGUGCGAGGAGUAUGGCGGCGGCGAGAGCGGGAGAAAUGGGAAAAAGAGAUUCUGCGUUUCACGGGCUGCGCUGUCGAUGAUGAGCACACCUAAAUUAGGAUAUUUAGUACAAGUUGUCGAACAGUGCGCGGUUCUGGUGGCUUUGGAUGUGGUUCUAGGGCUGCACAGCGUUGUUACUGAAACAAAUGAGUUGUCAAGGCCUUCCCCCAUUGUUAUGGAGCAAUGCCAGGAAGCACUAUCAUGUUUGUAUUACUUGCUUCAACGCUUCCCCGACCAGUUUUCUAAUGCAGGAGCCAAACAUCACGAGUUGGGUUUGAUUGAUGGAAGUGUCUUGGAAAUGGCUUUCUCAAAUAUUUUGAUAAUUCUGAGGUCGCAGGGAUUUUCAAGGGACUGUUUUGUGGCAGCUGGUGUGAGUUUCUUUGCUGCCUUGCAGGUGUGUUUGUCUCCGGAUGAACUUGGUUUGUUUAUAAUGGAAGGCUUUUUUCAUCAGACAAAUGUUGCUCAUUCUACUAUUGAACUUAAUGCUGUUUUAGGUAAAGCUAUGCCGUAUAAGGGUGAUUUGGUUGGCGAAAUUUCUAAAUGUUCAGCAUUGAGUAGGCUUUGUUUGAUCAGAGGAAUCCUGACGGCAGUUUCAAGAACUGUUCUUAAUAACCUUUUUGUUUUGAGUAAUGAUUCACUGAGUGGCUGUACAGAUGUUAGAGAUGGUGAUUGCUCGGUGAAGACCAUUCUCUAUGAUGCUAUAUUGCCUGAGUUAUGUAGCUUUGCUGAAAACCCUACUGAUAGUCAUUCUAAUUUUCAUGCAUUAACUGUGAUGCAAAUAUGCCUGCAGCAGAUAAAAACAUUGCUACACAGUGAUACUGAUGGAGUUUUGGAUGGUUAUGAUCCUAUCCCUGAGGAGAUGGGAGGAAGGAUAUUAAAGAUUGUAUGGAAUAACUUGGAAGAUCCUUUAAGUCAAACUGUUAAACAAGUACACCUUAUCUUUGACUUAUAUUUAGAUAUCUUGUCUAGCCUCCCGUGGGCGGAGGGUAGUGAAACUACAAAGUUGUUCUUGAGGAAGAUUGCUUCUGAUCUUCUUUGUCUGGGGCCACGUUGCAAAGGAAGAUAUGUUCCUUUAGCUUCAGUUACAAGGAGGUUAGGGGCUAAGGCAGUACUAAACAUGAAUCCUGACCUGGUGUUUGAAACGGCAAAUGCAUACAUUGAUGAUGAUGUGUGCUGUGCUGCUACUACAUUUUUGAAGUGUUUCUUGGAGUGUUUGAGAGAUGAGUAUUGGAGUAGUGAUGGUGUUAACAAUGGAUAUACAAAAUACAGAAGUCAUUGCUUACCUCCAUUUCUGCAUGGACUUGCUUGUGGUGUGGCAAAGCUACGCUCCAACUUGAGCACUUAUGCGUUGCCUGUGUUACUAGAACUAGAUGUAGACUGUAUAUUUAAUAUGCUUGCAUUAAUUGGGACAGAGUGGGAUGAUGGUCCAUUGUUUGAUUAUACUGAAAUCAGUUCUUCCUGUCUGGAUCUCCAACUGGAACAACAAAUUUCUGUUUUGAUAUCUUUACUGAAGGUUUCACGUGUACUUGCAUUGAUGGAAGGAGACAUUGAGUUGUAUGAAAAUGAAAUUUCACCCAUGUCAUCCAAAGGAGCAGUGCUUGAUGUGGAAGAUUGCAAUUUUCAGUGUGUUGUUAAUAUAAAGAAUACCAGUGUUAAAGUUCCUGUGAAGUGGCUUAUAUUAGCUUUGACCCACUUGGAUGAGUCUCUCCGUAUGGAUGCAGCUGAAACUCUAUUUUUGAACCCCAAGACUGCUCAUCUUCCUUCUUCGUUGGAACUUAUUUUGAUGAGACAAGCCAUUCCACUAAACAUGAGAUGUUCUUCUAGUGCUUUUCAAAUGAAGUGGAAUAGUCUGUUCAGAAAGUUCUUUUCUCGGGUUCGAACCGCAUUGGAGAGGCAACUGAAGCAGGGCACAUGGAAUCCUCAUGCUUCUGGAGAUGUGAAUGGACUCUGCAUAGAUACAGGAGCUGAAAAUCCAAUAAAACUCAGGGCCAAGAAUCUCUUCAAUUUCACAAAAUGGUUGAGCUGUUUCUUAUUUUUUUCCUGUUACCCUUCUGCUCCAUAUGAGAGAAAGAUAAUGGCUAUGGAUCUCCUAUUAGUAAUGCUAAAUGUUUGGCCUCUGGGAAAUGAGGAUGCACUGAAUCCUUACAGCAAAAGUUUUACUUCACCCAAUUCAACUUUGCAGCUAGUUGGAUCGAUUGUGGAUAGUUGGGAUCGACUGAGAGUGAGUUCAUUUCGUAUUUUACUUAAUUUUCCAACCCUUCUUCCUGGGUUCGCUGGUCCAGACUUGGUCAGGGAGGCAAUUAUUUGGGCGAAAAAGCUAGUCUGCAGUCCCCGUGUCCGAGAAAGUGAUGCUGGAGCUCUAACCCUUCGGCUUUUUUUUAGGAAGUAUGUCGAAGAACUAGGUUGGAUUGUUGAACCAUCAAGCAAUGUCGUUUCUUUAGCUUCAGCGGCCAACCUUCCAAAUGGGUCUGGUCGAAAUGGCAAGUCAAACUCUCCUGUUGUGAGUUAUGUGAUAUCACUUAUUGAUUGGUUGCUUUCUUCUGUAGAAGAUGCUGAAAAGAAUCUUUUAGAAGCAUGCAAGAAUAGUUUUGUGCAUGGCAUAUUGCUCACACUCCGAUAUACAUUCGAAGAACUUGAUUGGGAUUCUAAUGUGUUUUUGGAUAGCUUUGCUGACAUGAAGCAUGCACUAGAAAGGCUCUUGGAAUUAGUCAUGCGAAUUACAUCCUUGGCCCUUUGGGUAGUCUCUGCUGAUGCAUGGCACAUACCUGAAGAUAUGGAAGAAAUGGUGGAUGAGGAGUCAUUUCUUUUGGAAAGUCCAGAUGAGAUUGAUUCAUCUGGCCAGAAAUUGCAGAGCUCAGAUGAAGAUAAAAAUGGUGCGGAUGAGAUCAGGUCAUCUGAACAGAUUGUUAUGGUUGGGUGUUGGCUUGCCAUGAAAGAGUUGAGCCUUCUACUGGGAACCUUAACCAGAAAAGUUCCUUUGCCUACUUCUGGUGAUUUGAAGAACACGGUGAACACCACAACUGAUGAAUAUCUUCCAGUAUCCGAUGGGAUGCUUAAUCUUAAGCAACUCGAGACAAUAGGCAACCAUUUUCUAGAAGUCCUUGUCAAGAUGAAACAUAAUGGUGCAAUCGACAAGACAAGGGCUGGGUUCACUGCACUUUGCAACCGAUUGCUUUGCUCGGAUGAUUCAAGGCUAUGUAAGUUGACUGAAUCUUGGAUGGAGAAACUGAUGGAAAGAACUGUGGCCAAGGGACAGACAGUGGAUGAUCUGUUGAGAAGAAGUGCUGGCAUUCCUGCUGCAUUUAUUGCAUUUUUUCUUUCAGAGCCAGAGGGAACACCGAAGAGACUACUCCCAAAGGCAUUAUACUGGCUAAUUGAUGUAAUUAAGGAGUCUUUAGCUAAUCAACACAAUGCAAUGUGCGAUACCAAUAACAUAUGCAGAUCAAAGUCAAGCCAGGAAACCAGUUGUACCCCUCUUCCUGGUACAAAUAGUGAAUUGUCAAAGUUUCGGGAUGAAGGUGUUGUACCUACUGUGCAUGCUUUCAAUGUGCUUAGGGCAGCUUUUAAUGAUACAAACCUAGCCACUGAUACCUCAGGCUUCUGUGCUGAGGCUUUGAUAUUGGCUGUACGCUCAUUCUCUUCUCCGUACUGGGAGGUUCGUAACAGUGCUUGCCUGGCAUAUACUGCUUUGGUACGGCGCAUGGUUGGAUUUCUUAACAUACAGAAAAGAGAAUCUGCAAGGCGAGCUAUAACUGGCCUUGAAUUUUUUCACCGGUACCCUGCAUUGCACCCAUUUUUGUUCAACGAACUGCAAGUGGCUACUGCAUUGCUUUUGAAUGGAUCAUCGGAACAGUUGAAGUCUAAUUCCAACCUGAUAAAUGUUGUCCAUCCCAGCUUAUGUCCAAUGUUGAUAUUAUUGUCACGUCUUAAACCCUCACCUCUUUCAAGCGAAACUGGAGACCCUUUGGACCCUUUCCUCUUUAUGCCUUUCAUCAGGAGGUGUGCUGUCCAGAGAAAUUUUCGGAUUCGUGUGCUUGCAUCUGGAGCUUUGGUGGGUCUGGUUUCCAAUGAAAAACUGCAAGAGGUUAUGCUCAAUAUCGCCUCAGAGUUACCAUGUGAAGAAAUCCAUAACAGAACUUCGGAUUCAUCAACUACCUCAGACUCAGCAAACAAUAUGCCCUUUUCUUUCAAUGCAAUUCAUGGAAUGUUGCUACAGCUGAACGCUCUUGUCGACAUCAAUUGCAGAAACCUGGCUGACUCCUCUAAACAGGAUAAAGUUCUCCACAAACUUGGUGAAAUCUUAGCAGCCCGCCAAUGGAUUGGAAGACCACAAUGGUGUCCCUGCCCCAUCUUGAAUAGCUCCAUGCUAAAAGUUCUCGAUAAUAUGCUCAGCAUUGCAAGAUCCUGCCAAGGGCAACAAAGUGCUGGUGUCAUAUGGAGCCUCCUCUGGGAGUUAUCCUCAGAAUGCCUUGAUUUAGAACAUGCUUCUGGCUGGUCAUAUUUUGAUCCGACUAUUCAAGAGCUUCGUAAGCAGGCUGCCACAUCCUAUUUCAAUUGUGUUUUGCAAACAUCAAAAGAUGCAGCAGAGGAUGUUGUUCUAGCACGUAGGCUUUUCUCUUUGCCUUCUCCUUCAUCAAGAAUAGUUGGAGUGGAGGUUGCCUUCACUGGGUUCCAAGAGAGAUUGAUCCGCUCCAUGUCUGAUGCAUCAUAUGAAGUAAGGAUUGCUACACUAAAGUGGCUUUAUUUGUUCUUGAAGGGGAAAGAGUUGUCUGGCGACUGCUAUGAGGAUCCAUUCUAUUGUGAGGCUAUGAACAUAUUGUUGGCCAAUAUCAAUCUUCAAGACACACUGACAAAGCUUAUGGCUUCUGAGAAACACCACAAAUGCAUGCGUUACCUUGUCAAAAUCCUCUACAUUUGGAACUCACUUGAAUUUCAAGGUGAGAGCCAACCAAGUUCAGGACCGAGAUAUAUUUGGAGUAUGGACUGGGUGUUUGUAUUCCAUUUAUGGAAGCAGUUGGUUUCCCUGCUUGCGAUCACAAGGCAUGCAAAGACUCGAGAAUCACUCAUCUGCAUCUUGGGGAUAUGCAUCAAGCAAAUUUCAAACUUAUAUCUGAGCUCUAUUUCUGAAAUGGGUAAAUCAACCGGGCCAAUCCAAGUAGAUCAAAGUAGUUCAUUUUCUGAUUUCUAUGAUUCGUUGAGUUACUUUGUGAAACUCAUUGAACGAAAAAGUGAUGCAUCAGAGCCAGUAAACAUGCGAAAGGCAGCUGCGGAAUCUUUGGUUGCCUCUGGUCUGCUGGCCCAUGCAGAUGUUCUCGGUCCCUUAGUUUCCAGCUACCCAGUUUCUGAUAGAAAUAUUCUUUCAAGUUUAAAGUCAGAAGAGUCCAUUGGACUGUUUGCGCAUAAGGUACUUGAUCUAUGGGUGACAUGUAUAAAGCUUCUUGAAGAUGAAGAUGUGGGCAUCAGGAAGAGACUUGCUUUAGACGUCCAGAAGCAUUUCCUAUCUAUAAUAACAAAUCAAAACAGUGGUCCUUCUGUGUCUUCCUGCCAAGUUGAGAAAGUGAUUGAAUCAUGUUUCAAAUAUUUGUCGAGUGUGUUUGGUGCGUGGCUCGAUUAUCUGGAUUAUCUGUGUGGCUGGGUCAUGAAUACUGCCAACAAUGCGAACUACACUGUGUCAGGCGACCUUGUCAGACGUGUUUUUGACAAGGAGAUUGAUAACUAUCAUGAAGAGAAGCUGUUGAUAUGUCAGAUUUGCUGCUCACAGAUAGAAGAUGUUCAGAUUUCAAAACCCAAGGCAAGGGAUCUUUUAUACAAAUGGAGAAGCAGGUUUUUCGAACAGUUGAUGCGUUUCAUCCACGAGCAUAUGGGGAAAGGGGAGAGUGCCGACUGGAUUGGCGGAGUUUGCAAUCACAAGGAUGCAUUUCUACCUUUGUAUGCAAAUUUGCUUGCAUUUUGUGCCCUGUCUAACUGCAUCUUGAAGAUGGAACCAGAGAGUAGCUAUCAGAUGAUGAUGGAAGUGUCUGCCCUUGAGGACGCUAUUCGCCCCUUCCUCGGCAACCCCUUGAUCUCCAACUUGUAUGCCAUAGUCAUCAACUCUUUGGGUGAAAGUGCUGCUAAUCUAAGCCAGAAGUGGAAAGACAGCAAUUCCAUUUGGGUCGAAUUCAAUCCUUAUUUUCUACUAAAGUGAAGACAAUUAUUGUUGUACCAUGAUAUACAUACUUGUCAUUAACGUAACCUCCAAUCAGUAGAAAAAUAUAUAAUAGCACUGUACUUACUGGCUGCAGUCAAUAUUGGGACUGAUGGAAACCCCGACAGAAACUCCACACUUUGAGGCGAGGCUGGAGGCUACAUCGGGCUGCACGUUGAAGGUGGCCGCAGCAGCCUUCAUGCAACGGCAGGCCUCCUGUCUGUCCUGCGGGGACCGAAGGCCGCCGGAAAGGGUCUUCA